GAAGGACCUGAAGUUGUUUUUGUUUGCGGUUAAAAAACAUGUCUUCGGGAGUUUAACGUGAAAGUUAAUGGAGUUUAAAGCGCCUCUGCUGUUUGUGAGUGCUUUGUGUUUGAGUGCACUGACUUCACCACAGGACAGCUGUGGGCAGCGGCGCCUGGCUGCCACCCCUGGUUGGUCUCGAAUAGUGGGGGGCCGGGAGGCUCCUGAGGGGGCCUGGCCCUGGCAGGUCAGCAUCCAGAUCAGGUCCAGGCACCACUGCAGCGGGACGAUCGUCAGCAGCCUCUGGGUGCUCACUGCCACACACUGUUUCCACAAAUUCCUGGGGAUCAGCAGAAGACAUUUCCGUGUGUUGGCAGGACUUCGUGUGUUAUCGGCUCCAGGAGGUCAGACCCAGGUCCGCUCCAUCAGCGCGGUAAAGAUGCACGAGGACUACGACGACGUCACGUCUGACAACGAUGUGACACUUCUGCUCCUCAGCUCUCCCUUUAACUUCACUGACCACGUCCAGCCGGCCUGCACGCCUCAAAACGUGACGCACGAGAUCAACCUGAACUUCAGCCACUGCUUCAUCAGCGGCUGGGGGAGCACGCAGUACAAAGGCAGGCUGGUGAACAGAUUGCAGGAGGCUGAGGUGGAGCUCAUUGACAGGAGAACAUGUAACCUGAUCACCUGGUACGACGGCUUCAUCACUGAGAACAUGAUCUGUGCCGGACUGGAGAGCGGAGCGGCCGACUCCUGUCAGGGGGACAGCGGCGGCCCCCUCCAGUGCUACAGCGAGGACGAGGACAGGUUCUACGUGGUCGGAGUGACCAGCUUCGGCUACGAGUGCGGCCUGCCUCUCAGGCCGGGGGUGUACGCCAGAACCAGCAGGUUUGCAGGUUGGCUGAAGACGAGUCAGGCAGCAUCAGCGUCUGCUGCACACAGAGCGAAGCUGACGCUGAUCUCAGGUCUGCUCAGUGCUGCUCUGCUGCUGCUCUGAAACAUCCACACAGUCUGCCAGCAAUAAAUAUCACUGCUAGUGGAGAAACGUCACACUGUUUACAUGCUUUCAGCUGCUGAAGCUAAAAGAUUCUGCAGAAGUUAGAACAAUUUUUGUUACACAAUUUAGAUAGCACCGUCAACAAUAUAAUAUAAAAAAUACUAUAUAUGUGAAUUAAAUAGAUUAAAUUACAUGUUUGGUGGAUAUUAGAGCUACAAAGGUUAGUCGAUUGACAUAAAAAUAGUCGCCAACUAUUAAGCGUUAAAGUAAUUUUUCUUGUGAAAAUUGCUGAAAUGUUUAAGCCUAUCAGAUAUGGAGAUUUCUCUGUUUCCUCAGUUUUAUACCAUAUCAAACUGAACAGCUUUGGACAGACAAAACAAGACAUUUUGUGACACCACCUUGCACUUUGAGAAGCUGGGAGGGACAUUUUUUUCUACUAUUCCCAGUAUGUUAUAGACAAAAUGAGUAAUUGAGAAACAAUUGGCAGAUUAAUCUAUCAAUGAAAAUAAUAUGUUUUAUUUGGUUAUUGGGUUUUUUAAAAAGUUUGUUUUCUAAGAAAAAAAAAUACACAAAACAUCUCAAACACAGCAGCACGUUUUGCACAAUGUUGAGUAGUAGUAAAUUGGAAAAAUGUUAGAUAAAAUAUAGUGUUAUUGAAGACCUUUUUUCAUUAUUUCUUAAAAUAUAAAGUAAGGAGUUUAGUUUAUCUGGUGAAAAUGAUGAUAAAUAAUUGAAUAUUUGUCGAUGUGGUCAUUAUUGUCAGAAACUGCCUUUCUGGGCCAUGACGACAUCUCUGAGGCAGAAAAUGUAAUUUCCUCAGAUGUUUCACUGCCACCUGGUGGAAGGAAAGGGAUAUGUUCCUUUGAUGCAGCAGCUGCUUCCUGAAGCUUCCAGAAAUGUCUUAACUCUAUAAUAACUAUCAUUAAUAACUGGUAAAUGUUUUGUUAAAUAAACUUCAGUUAAUACCUUUAUUAUUGUUAACAAGCAAUUCAAUGAUAAUCAAUAAUGUUUAUUGAUAAUUAUUGUCAUGAAUGCUUUAUUUUAUUACUAGUUUAUUGUUAAA